CCACCAGGAGGGAGGGAGCGCUCACUCCGUCUAACGUUAGCAAAGUUUCCUUUUAAUUUCAAGGCUUAAUCUUUUACCCUCCUUUUAUUUGGGAUAUUUGAUCCGUUAUAUUAAUUGGAAUUAUUCGCACAUAGCUGAGGUCCAUGAGGAUGCCGACUGUGAAACACCAGCGAGGGGACGUGGUGAUGGGCCGCUGGCCCGGCAGCAACCUGUACUAUGAGGUCAAAGUGCUGCGCUUCAACGCUCAGAGUCAGCUCUACACCGUCAUCUACAAGGACGGCACCGAGCUGGAGCUCCGGGAGCAGGACAUCAAGAGUGCCGUGGGUUUCUACACCCGCUCCCGGUCCCGCUCUCGCUCCCGUUCCCCGGGCCGCCGCCGCAGCCCCUCCCGCUCUCCGGCCCGGACCACACGCCGCUCCUCCUCCCGCACAGCCGCAGCCGCAGCGGAAAGCGUUCCAGCCGCUCGCAAGGAGAUCAAGCUGAAGGAUACGCUGGAAGUGAGGCUGACGCCCCUGAAACACACAGUGGUAGCUGAAAACAGUAGCAACAAUAAGCAUGAAAAGAAAGAGGAGAAACAGAAAGAGGACAAUAACACUUCUAGCAAAGUGAACGAGAAGUCUGAAGCGAAGAUGGAAGAGGAGCCCGAGCCGCAGGGCCGCUACAACCUGCGGCGCAGGAAGGACGCCGGAGACGAGAAGCCGGCCGCCGCCAAACCCAGCCCCAAGAGGAAGGAGCCUGCAGCGGCGGCCGCCGCCGCCGCCACCUCCGGCCCGCUGGACUUCGGAGGGAAGAUCGGAGCCUACUUCUGGCUGCUCUUCCUGCCUGCCUGGGUCCUGUUCCUCAUCCUGCAGGUCAACCUGGACGACCCCAGCCUGGCCAACUUCCCGCCCCCGCUGCCCCCUCUGGGCUCGCUGUGGGACGCCCAGGCCCUGGGCCUGGUCCUGCUCUGGAUCCUGUUCCAGGCCCUGCUCUACGUCCUCCCCGUGGGGAAGCUGAGCGAGGGGAUGCCGCUGAGGUCCGGCAAGAGGCUGAAGUACCGAACCAACGGUUUCUUCGCCGUGGCGGUGACGGCGGCGGCGGUGGCGGCGGCGGUGCACCAGGGCGUGGACCUGACCUACAUCCACGCCCGCUUCCUGCAGCUGGCCGUGGCCACCUUCCUGCUGUCGCUGCUGCUCAGCGUCUACCUGUACGUGCGCUCCCGCUACGCCGCCGCGGACCAGCUGGCCAUCGGCGGGAACUCCGGUAACGUGGUCUACGACUUCUUCAAGGGACGUGAGCUCAAUCCUCGCAUCAGAGACUUCGACCUGAAGUUCUUCUGUGAGAUGCGCCCCGGACUGAUCGGCUGGUGUUUGAUCAACUUUGCGAUGGCUCUGGCGGAGAUGAAGCAGCAGGGCCUGGACGCUCCGUCCUACUCCAUGGUCCUGGUGAACCUGUUCCAGCUGCUGUACGUGGUGGACGGUCUGUGGAACGAGGAGGCCAUCCUCACCACCAUGGACCUCAUGCACGACGGCUUUGGCUUCAUGCUGGCGUUCGGGGACCUGGUCUGGGUUCCCUUCACCUACACCCUGCAGGCCUACUACCUGGUGAGCCACCCCAGCCCCCUGAGCCCCCCCGCUGUGGCGGCCAUCGUCCUCCUGAAACUGGUCGGCUUCUACAUCUUCAGGAAGUCCAACUCUGAGAAGAACGCCUUCAGGAGGAACCCGUCAGACCCCGGACUGUCCGGUCUGAAGACCAUCCCCACGGCGACGGGGAAGAGCCUGCUGGUGUCGGGCUGGUGGGGCGUGGUCCGCCACCCCAACUACCUGGGCGACCUGCUGAUGGCGCUGGCCUGGUCGCUGCCCUGCGGCUUCAGCCACCUGCUGCCCUGGUACUACAUGAUCUACUUCGUCAUCCUGCUGGUGCACCGGGACUCGCGCGACAUGCAGCAGUGCCGGAGGAAGUACGGCUCGGCGUGGGACGAGUACUGCCAGGCCGUGCGCUACCGGAUCGUCCCGGCCGUGUACUGACGGCCCCCCCCCCCCCCGCGCCCGGACUCCUCUCUCUUUUUUUUUAAGGCUUUGUUUGUGUUUGUCGGUGGACGGACGGAGCAGGGACUCCCUUCUGGGGCGGAGUUUCACCACCGCGGAGCUUUUUGCCUUCGGGACGACGGACGGAGACGUUUCCAGAGUGGGGAGACGCCUCUGCUAGGAAUGUCUUGUUAGAUGUAUAUUUUUGUACAUAAUGUCGUUUCUGUACUUCAGAAUGACACCCUUCUGGUGCAUUUAUGCUUUUACCCCCCAACCCCAAAAAACCCCAGUAAUUCCAGUAGUUUGAAUCACAGCUUGGCCGUUAAGAAGAAAUGUAAGUAUUUUUCUCAUGAUUUUGUGUACAGAGUGAAGGAUUCCUCCCUUUUUUUUUUUUUAGACCAGCUAUCAAUUCUCAGGAGAGAUCAAUUAGAGGAGUUUUGUAUAAAUAUUUCUGAUGUUUAUAAUUUUAUUUUCAAUAUCCAGUUUUGACUUGAGUGUUGAAUUCAUUCUGGAGGUUCAAGGAAGGAAAUGCACUAAUGUUUUCGCGGCAUUUAUCGACGUCUCCGAUCAGUUUGAGGACGGAGGGGGCGGAGGAGGCUCCGGGCCGGGCGGCCUCGGCCCUCAGUGACCUGCCAGGUUGUGCUUUUGAAUUUCUACCUCAGGCUGGCUCGCCGUCUCCCUCCUCGCCGUCAUCUCGCUCUCUGCAGCAGGAAGAGGAAGCCCUCCUGCGGCUUCAGCGCCGUCUGUAUGUAGUGCUGUUUUCUAUCAUGCCACAUGCCUCCGAGCUUUAUUUGCAGGACGCCUGCGGACCCGGAGCUCCUCCAGCGUGUGCGUUAGUGAACGUGUAGCGGAUUACACAUGUAGGACCCAUUAGAGUAGGAGCCGUUUCUCUGCUGUGCUGACUGACUGAAUAAAUAGUUCUGUUGUUUGUUUUUUACCACGCUUUUUUUUUUUUUUUCUAAGUGAAAUGAGUUCCGAUGUUUCUCAGUAGAUCUUUUCUGUUUUAUCAGGGUAUUUUUUUCAAUUUUAUUUUGAAGUUACCGACAUGCUUUGUGACCACUGUUUACUCCUCCCAGACGUCUGGAGCUGGAGCCGCCUCGCUCCCGGAUGUGACGGCAAUAAACA